AUGCAGGGCUUCAACAUGGGGCGGUACGUGCCGCCCGACGUCGAGGGGACCACGACCGGCAACAAACUGCACAAGAAGCGCCCCCCAGGGUUCUCCGGCGGACAACAGACAGUGCGCUUCGAGAUGCCCUUCGCGAUAUGGUGCGCGCACUGCCCCCAACCCACGCUCAUCGCGCAAGGCGUGCGCUUCAACGCCGCCAAGCGCAAAGUCGGAUCCUACCACAGCACGCCCAUCUUCGCCUUCCGCAUGACGCACACCGCCUGCAGCGGCGCCAUCGAGAUCCGCACCGACCCCGAACACACAACCUACGCCGUAACCUCGGGCGCGCGCCGGCGAGACACGGGGUCCCCCGAUCCGUUAUCCGAGCUGACGUUAACGGACAAGGAGCGCGAAAGCCUGCGCACGAACGCGUUUGCAAAGCUCGAGAAGACGAUUGCGGACCGCAAAGUCCUGGAGGACGCGAAGGAGCGCAUCGACGAGCUGGAGAUGGAGAGCGCGCGCCAUUGGGAGGACCCGUACGAGCGGAAUCGGCGGUUGCGCGCUGCGUUUCGCGUUGGCCGGAAGGAGCGCGAGCGGGAUGCCGCGACGGCGGAGAAUUUGCGCGAGAGGAUGGGUUUAGGGAUCGAGUUGCUAGCCGCGAGCGACGAGGACGCGCGACGCGCUGCGCUGGUGGAUUUUGGGCCGUCGGCGGAUGCUGCGGGCGGUGAGAUGGGGCGCAAGGCGCUUGCGAAGCCGUUAUUCCCGAUAAGUUCGGGGAGUGGUAGUGGUGGUGGUAGUGGUAGUGGCGCGGAUACGAAGGAUGAUAAGAGGAAGAAAACGAAGGGCAAGAAGUUGAAAUCCGAAGUCGCUGCUGCUCAGAUGAGGGAUAGUUUGGUAUCCGAGAUCGUUGGCAACACGCGAGUAGCUCAGGACCCGUUCUUGUCGCUGGAUCGUAGCAAUGGGGAUAGUAAUAAAGGUCCCUCUAGGAUUGCCGGGAUUAAGAGAAAGAGGCCAGAGCCGGAGCCGGAGCCGGAGCCGGAGCCGGACCCGGAGCUAAAUUCCGAAGAUCAUGAGGAGCCUAAAUCGUCAGAAAAGAGAGAUACGACUAAUACCGAACGAGAAGGGAAAGGCACGGCAUCAUUAACCUCGUUAGUCGAGUACGAUUCGGAUUAA